GCUAACAAAGCAUGAGCCGCAGCAGCGCAUCCAGACCUGCUUGUGGCAGCACUGACUCCAGAUCUCUUGUGUGAGAUUCAUCUGAAGGUGACUCAGUGGGAAAGAUGGCGACGGCCUACCUGACCCACCACCAGAAAGUCCUCCGACUCUACAAGAAAUCUCUGAGACACCUCGAGUCAUGGUGUAUAUUUAGGGAUAAAUAUCGUUUCUAUGCGUGUCUCCUGCGAGCACGAUUCGAUGAGAACAAACAUGAGAAGGACAUGGUGAAGGCCACCCUGAUGCUGAAAGCAGGUGAGGAGGAGUUCUGGGCCAAUCAGCACCCGCAGCCCUACCUGUUUCCAGACUCACCUGGAGGAACAUCCUACGAAAGAUACGAGUGCUACAAAGUCCCUGAAUGGUGUCUAGAUCAUUGGCACCCCUCAGAGAAAGCCAUGUAUCCAGAUUACUUUGCUAAGAGGGAGCAGUGGAAGAAGCUGCGGGCUCAGAGCUGGGAUAGAGAGGUCCAGCAGCUGCAGGCCGAAACCCCUGCUGAGGGCCCCAAAUCUGAGGCCCUGCCACCGGCCCGUAAGGAAGGAGACCUCCCUCCCCUGUGGUGGCAGUUUGUCACUCGUCCCAGAGAGCGCCCAAUGUAAAGCCACACAUGUUAGAAUAAGCCUCUGAGAUGUUUGUCAAACGUAUACUUGCGUUCUGUGAGCUCAACCCUUAUAAAUAUAAUAAACUAUUCUGUGAAUUAGAA